UUAAACUUCGUUCUAGAUUAUCGUAUGUCUACACACGUCUGUAUUUAGUUUAGUUCUAUAAUGUCUGGCCAUUUGGGUGGUCAGAGUUUGCGUGCCAGUUUAUAUGACCACCUUUACACGCGUCACGUUGACUGUGCAGACCACUUGUGUAACGAUGAAUCUUCGGCUAUUGAGUAUAGUAGUGAUUCCGGUGACUCCUUUGCUUCUGUUGACAACAAUUCCGAUGCACAUUACUAUGAGAGUGUGGAGACUCCUGAGGAUUCUGUGAGUGAUAAUGUAUCGGCUUCUGCUGACAUACAGAGUGAGUCCACACCUCGCGCUGCUGAUUCUGGCGACCCUGAGGAUCCGGGAUGCCACGCGAUAACAUCUGGUGAGGAAACUGUGGAGGAAGUGGAUCCCUUUGGUGACUACUUCGAUAAGGGUAUUACCAAGAAGGGCCGUAAGGGAUGGCGCGAAUCCAUGUUUCGUGCGUUUGGCGUCUGCUCCCGUGGAUCUCGUAGUGAUGAAAGUCCUAAAGAUGUGGAGGACGAUAAAUCAGAACCGUGUUCAGAUCCUUGGGGUGAUUUUGCCAAUGCUCAAUCUGGUGAAGGUAGUCGUUACAUGACCACCGGUACUGUUUCUGGUGAGGACUCUAUGCACAUCCCACUACCUCAUCGUGGAUUUUACACCGUGUUCCUUCGUAACAGCAAGGCUUUUGUUAAACGUAAGCAGGGGAUAUACGUAUUUAAGUUGAAGUUGUCCUACAAGGUAUUUGAUUUCAAGCGCAAGCGUAUAUGUCUUCAGCCGAGUGGUGGUGAUUUUAUACCUCAUGACAUCUUGGCUGAUGAUAACUUUGCCUUUUCUAAUGAGGGUUGUGUUACUAUCGCAGGUCGUGACACUCGGAUACUUCUUUUGUAUGCUACUCAAGACGGCAUUGCCGAGUUCACGCUAUCUCACAACGUGUUGGCCAUGAAGCCUAGUUUAUUAUAUCGUAUUGUAUACAGCGGUUGGUGUUCCGCGGUUCCUUUGAGCUUAUCGCCUAAAUUGCGUUUGCGUAUAUUAUCGAUUGACAGCUGUGAGAAUUUGGGUACUAGUGCUCUUGCUGCUCUGUAUGCUCUUGAGCUUCGUUUAAGCUCCAUGAAUGGUAUGGAGGCCAAUAUUGGGGAGCAUUUUGACUUGAUAUGUGCUUCUGGUACAGGUGCCAUAAUAGCCCUCUGUCUUUUAAAGGGUUAUUCCAUUCGUGACUUAUGGGUUCAGUGGCAGAGUAUAUUAGAUCAGUUGUUUAAGUGGCGUCAUUCUCGUGCUUACGGUUUAAUGUUUGAUCACGAGCAUGUACAUCAGUUUGUUCGUUCAUGGAUGGACAUUUUGGGUACUGACUUUAUGUGUAGUCGUGCUCGUCCUUUAUGUGUUAUUACCUCUGCUAACGUAAAGAGUGCCAAGCACGACAUGUUUGUAUUUCGCAACUACACUAAUGUCCAUGCUUCUUAUGGCAAGACUGCUUUCGCUCCCAUGUGGCUUGCUGGUUGGGCAUCCAAUUCACUUCCUACCUAUAUGAAGGGUCCCACCGACCGUUACUUGCGUCACAUGGGUUGCGUCGUUGACCGGAGCGUCCACUUUGUGGACAGCAAGCUCUUAUCAUCUAACCCUGCCAUAGUGGCACUUCGUGAGGCUAGCGAGUUAUACGGCACUCCUGUGCGUACACUGAUUGAUGAAACUAUCGAUGUGUUCUUAUCGGUUGGUACUACUCGCAAGCGUUCCCGGAAGCUUGAUGAUCCUGCUCCGUGGCAGAUUUUGCUGGAUUCCAAUGACAGCUGCGGCGCUCAGGUUGAGCAUGGCCACAUGCGUUACUUGUUUGAGGAGCGUCCUGAGGUAUACUAUCGUAUUGAGAUGGGUCACCUUCCCGGUUGCAGUUACGGCAAAACCUCGAAGCCGGAGGUUGACGAGGUGUUUAACCGUGCUCUUGAGGUUAGUCGCACUCAGUUGGCUGAUGAGAUCAACCGCAUUGCUGAGUGCAUCAACGCUUGAACUCUGUAAUAUCCUAUGCGCAAAUACGUG